AUCAACUCGUACCCAUUACUGCUUGCUGCGUCGGGCGAUGUCACUGCGCCAAAUGGCCACUGCCAGAUGUCGCCACGCACAUGAAUCGAAACGUCACGUGUGGACUGUCUACUCAACUAUGGUUUCAAACAGCCUUCGGGCAACUCAUUAGCAACUGCCAGUGGUCUUCUCUCCUGCACACUCAUGUCCGAGCUUUUUAAACCGACGGACACUCUCCCAACUGAACAACAUGACCGACAAGCGAUACAAGAUUGUAGAGUUCAACAUAGACGAUGAUGGCAUCGAAAUCGGCAUUCGUUUCAACGGAUGCAUUUUCAGGAUCGAGCUCUCGCCCAAUUCUUUCGUCAACUCACCAGUUGCCCUCGAGCGAUUUCACCGAUUCUUCAAGGGACUGAAAAGUAGAUCUUCGGUUGCGAGUCAGUCACGAGAAUACGGGGACUAUUGCGAGAAUGUCGCUCAUGUCUUUCGGCCGGACUUUGAGAGACUGGCACCGCCAAGGGCCCACACGGGGAAAGUAACACUCGCCGAUAUCGCCGCGCGUGGCUACUUCAAGUGCGACUACCGAGUCGUCGACGAAAAAGACGUCCGAGGCGCCGUUACGGCGUGCGACAAUGCGUGGAUGAACCGCGAGAGGGCUUGCGACAUCCGGGACCACCAGUCUCUCUUCCCGCUGUUCGACGCUGCCGCCGUCGAAGUCGAACUGCCAGGCGACGGGAUGGACGACAUCUACGAGAUUGUUCCACGCAAGAUUUUCGUGGAUGGCAAGCCUGGCUUCUACAAGAAAUGCGACCGACCGUACGCGUGUCUAGAGGAAGUGGCAAAGUACUGCGCCAUAGAAGCAUCGGGCUUGUCGACUCAGCAACUCCUCACGUCGCGGCUCCUUGGCAUCGUUGCCGAUGAAAACGGACAAGCGUCGGGGCUGCUGUACGAAUGGAUAGAGACCAAGGCUGAAGGAGUCCAGGGAACGCUCGACGGUGCCGUGACGCCCGCCACACCCAUGCACCUGAGGGAGAAGUGGGCGUCGCAAAUUCGGAGUACAGUCGCCGAACUGCACGGCCUGCAAGUCGCUUGGGGCGACGUAAAGGCGGAUAACGUCCUCAUCGACGAGGACGACGAUGCCAUUGUCAUCGACUUGGAGGGCGGCACGACGGAUGAGUGGGUUGAUCGGGAGAUUGGAGGUACCGUCGCGGGCGACCUGCAGGGCUUGGAGAAGAUGGUAGAUUUUAUUCUCAACGACAAGUCUUCUCUGCGACGGUGCGGCCAGGAAGAGGAACAAGAGCACGGCGUCGGGGGAAACCUCAUUCUCGGAGAAGGGAUCCCGAUCUGAGAUGUAUAGAUAGAGCCUUUUUAUCGCUCCACUUCGUCUCGUCAAGCCCGGUGUCUCUCGUCCCAAGUGUUUUCCGCGAAGAGACUGCGCAAGAGGGACAAUUUUACCGCUGAAAAGUAGACGAAGCUCCUAGUUGCUUUUAUCGUGUAUGGUCGAAAAGCAACCGGAACAUUUGACAUUCCACUCACUGCAUCUUUGCAAUCGAAGGGAGCAAAAGAAAAGAUUGAGGCUUGCGGUUUCAUGUUGAAGCUAGACUAUAAAUGUUGAUUCGCC